AUGUUGCCAUGUGACCCCUCGAAGUCAAAGGUCAAAGCCAUCCACAACAACGUUUUGACUGUGUGUGUUCAUUCUUCUAUAAACUACUGUUGUUGUCCAGAUAUUCUAACACAAUUCCCUUUUCUUCCGUCUGUUCGUUCCGCAGGCCAAGAGUUGAGUCGUAUAAUAGGAGGCUAUGCCCCACCACCACACUCCAUCAAGUACAUGGUAUCCAUCCAAAGCACUUCAGGGCAGCACUUCUGUGGGGGGACUGUAAUCAACAAGUACUGGAUUCUAACAGCUGCACAUUGUGAUGUGGGGAUUGACCACAUGCUGAUUAUAGCUGGAGACUACUCACUCAGCAUGUACGAGGGCACUGAACAGUUCUACAGACCUCACCUCCUCAUUGCUCAUCCAGAAUACAACAUGACAACACACAAUGCCGACAUUAUGCUCAUUAAACUGCGGGCUCCUGUGGUCCUGAACGGUUACGUGUCCAUCGCCCCCUUGUCCCGUCAAGAUGCCAGUGUGGCAGAGGGCCGAGUGUGCCGGGUGUCCGGGUGGGGCCGCACCAGUCCCGCUGGUGGGCAGAUCCCCUCCAUCCUCCGCACGGUCAAGCUGCCUAUUGUCUCCACCGCCAGGUGCAACAGCACCGACUCCUUCAACGGCAACAUCACAGAGAACAUGAUCUGUGCGGGAUACAGCACAGGGGGCAAAGAUGCUUGCAAGGGCGACUCAGGUGGGCCGCUUGUGUGUGAGGGGCGUGUCUAUGGCAUAGUGUCCUGGGGAGAGGGGUGCGCGGACGCCAGGUAUCCAGGGGUCUACACCGCCGUGGCAAGAUACCGCAGGUGGAUAGACCGCAUCAUUUUCAGUUACUACAGCAGGUGUCGCAAGUACUAAACCAUGCUGCGACUUUUUUCAGCCAUUGUCCAAAUACUAAUCUACAGCUAUUGUAAACCAGCUCAACACUACUCCUUCUUACCUGCCGCUUUUCAACUGGAUUGUGUCCCUAACAUUUUUUCUUUUUAUAUUACUGACAUUUUCAGAUGUCAACAUUAUGGAUGAGGGAGUGCUUCUCUCUCUCUUUUUAACAAAGGUGCCAUAUCAUACUUGACAACCUCCAUCUGUUCAGCAUAACAAGAGUAGAUGGAGCAUUGGAACUCAUCCAAGAGCUUUCUGUAGAGAUGUAUCAAAAAUGAUGACUAUGAUGAUGC